GUUAAUCGUACACAUGUGCGCUCUGAGUUAAAUAACACUUGGAAAUUUAAUUCAACAAUUGUUUAAAAAGAAACAAAAGUUAUAUUUUGUAAAUACGAACAAGAUGAGCGUGCGUGCUAUUGGUGGACUCCUCAAGGCCCGGCAACUGGGCAGUCGCCUGGGCAGCCUAUGCCGGCAAACAAAUCGCGCUGCAAGUUGGACUCUAGGAGCACCUCAAUUUGUGCAACAGCCAAAGACAUCACUCCCUGCACGUCGCUUUGCCACGGCUGCUCAGCAAUCGACCGGCGUGGACAAGCAUGAGUUUCAGGCGGAGACGCGACAAUUGCUGGACAUUGUGGCGCGUUCCCUUUACUCUGAUCACGAGGUCUUCGUGCGUGAGUUGAUAUCAAAUGCCAGCGAUGCGCUGGAGAAGUUCCGCUACACUGCGCUGAGCACGACGGUGGAAUCGGAUCUGGCAGCCAAGGAUCGUCCACUGGAGAUCCGCAUAACGACAGACAAACCGCAGAUGCAGUUGACCAUUCAGGACACGGGCAUUGGCAUGACACGGGAAGAGUUGAUCAGCAAUCUGGGCACCAUUGCGCGCAGUGGCUCCAAGCAGUUCCUGGAGCAGCUGAAGCAGGAUCAGAGCACGGCACAGGCCAGCUCCAAUAUAAUUGGACAGUUUGGUGUGGGAUUCUAUUCGUCGUUUAUUGUGGCCCAACGUGUGGAGGUCUACACACGUGCUGCUGAUCCUAAAGCGCCCGGAUUACGCUGGUCCACGGAUGGCAGUGGCUCGUAUGAGAUCGAGGAGGUGGAGAAUGUCGAGCACGGCACCAAGAUCGUGCUGCACCUGAAGACCGAGUGCCGUGAAUAUGCUGAUGAGGAUCGCAUACGUGCCGUCAUCAAGAAGUACAGCAACUUUGUGGGUUCUCCCAUUCUGUUGAAUGGCAAGCAGGCGAAUGAGAUCAAGCCACUGUGGCUGAUGGAUCCCCAGAGCACCACGAAGGAGCAGCAUCAGGAUUUUUAUCGCUUCAUCAGCAACAGUUUCGAUAUGCCGCGUUUCACGCUCCAUUACAACGCUGAUGUUCCUUUAAGCAUCCAUGCGCUGCUCUAUUUCCCCGAGGGAAAGCCAGGACUCUUUGAGAUGUCACGGGAUGGCAGCACGGGAGUCGCUCUGUAUACCCGCAAGGUUCUGAUUCAGUCAAAGACGGAGAACCUUUUGCCCAAGUGGCUGCGCUUUGUCAAGGGCGUCGUGGACUCGGAGGAUAUACCCCUGAAUCUGAGUCGAGAGUUGCUGCAGAACAACAGUUUGAUUCGUAAACUGUCCAGCGUAAUCUCUAGUCGUGUCAUACGCUUCCUGCAGGAGCGGGCCAAGAAACAGCCAGAGGAAUACGAAGCAUUCUACCGCGACUAUGGACUAUUUCUGAAAGAAGGCAUUGUCACAUCCACGGACAGCGCCGAGAAAGAGGAGAUCGCCAAACUGUUGCGCUUUGAGUCAUCCAAGUCGGAAACGGGACGCAUGUCACUCGAGGAGUACUACAAGGAGGUCAGUGAGGAGCAGAAGGACAUUUACUAUCUAGCUGCUCCAAAUCGCGUGCUGGCCGAAGCCUCUCCCUACUACGAGAACCUCAAGAAGCGCAACGAACUCGUGCUCUUCUGCUACGAACCCUACGAUGAGCUGGUCCUCAUGCAGCUGGGACAGUUCAAGAACAAGAAACUCGUGUCCGUGGAGAAGGAAAUGCGCAAUCAGUCAACGGAUCCGGCUGCUCUCGAGGACUAUGGCCAGGACAGCUUGUUGCGCUCUGAAUUGGACGACUUAUUACCCUGGUUGCAGGAUCAACUCAAGGGUCAGGUGGCCAAGGUCAAGGCUACCACUCGCCUGGACUCGCAUCCUUGUGUAGUCACCGUCGAGGAAAUGGCAGCAGCUCGUCAUUUUAUACGCACCCAAAGCCAUCAGUUGCCUGAGGAGAAUCGUUUUGCUCUCCUGCAACCCGAACUGGAAAUCAAUCCCAAGCAUCCCAUCAUUAAGAAGUUGAACUCCUUGCGCGAGAGUGAACCCGAAUUGGCCCUGUUGAUCACCAAACAGUUAUUCGCCAAUGCCAUGGUUGGAGCUGGUCUGGCGGAGGAUCCGCGCAUGUUGCUCACCAACAUGAACACUCUGUUAACAAAAGCAUUAGAGAAAUAUUAAACGCAGUCCAUUAAUUCCCAAAUUUUAAAUAAUCAAA